GCAAAACGCUCUCUCUCGAUUUCUCUUCUAACCAUGAAUCCGAUAAAAGGGGUACAUUUUGUGGUGCACAUUCUCAGUUUCAUAAUAGUCUGUAAUUUUGGAUCUGGGAGUGACCUCCGUUACCAAGACUACGCAAUUAAUCCAGUGGGAACUUUACACCAGAAAAUAGAGAGCCAAAAAGCUAUUGCACCAUUUCUAAGUUCCAAAGAGUUUUUAGAAUGGACGGAUCAAGUGAGUAAACACUCGCUACUAAAACGAGCGAAUCAGAUCAAGCUGGAUCCAAACGCCUUAAACAGUACUAAUCAGGAAAGCAACCAAACCGAUUUGAGCGGUCUCUUUCAGAAUCUUAUUUCAGAACUUUCAAACUUUACCGCUCCAGAGACAAACAACAGCUCCCAAAACAACAUUUCAAAUGGUGGUCUAGGGAAUGUCUUUCAGAACAUCCUUAACAAUUUUCUGGGAUCUUUAUCCUCUAAUGGCAAUUCCUCAGGCCCAAGCAAUGGUUCCCAAAACAACUCUUCAAAUGAUGGCUUUGGAAACAUCUUCCAGAAUAUUCUCCAGAAUCCUAACAUCGGUAAAUUCAUCGGCUCAAUGCUUGGUGGUGGAAACACCGGUGUCUCCUCCGGAUUAGACUUCGGGAAAAUCGCACAACAGCUGACUAGCGGUAACAUAGAUCCCAGUACUGCGGGGAAAAUGCUGAUGCUGUACCUGAAUGGAAUUGUGCAAUACACGAAUGCCUCUGCAAAUUGUCGGAGUGAUGUUGUCAGAGUGAUUUCUGGUCUGCAAUCGACACAACCAUGGGCACUGAAAAUGUUGGAUGCAUCAGCUAAAAUACCCACAGGUGUUAUGAACCUGGAUUUGAACUGGUAUGGCUCCUAUGACGAGUGUUACAGCGACGUCACAACUUUAGAAGCGUUCGGGAUUCUACCAACAACUCAACCCCCUGUCAAUGGACAAUAUUGCACCGUGUCCCUGAAUCUUCCACUACCGCCUGCGGUCAAAGGGUUUCUUUCGGCAAUGCAAAAUCCCGGCGCCAUCAAAGCAGGAAUGUGCUUCCCUAAGUCCUGCAGCAGUGAUGACCUUGUCAAGGUUGUCAAUGCAUUUCUGUCCAACAUACCGCUUGGCAAUAGCACAGUGACAGCCUAUCCAAUAAACUGCCCAACUCCAGUAGAGGAUGAUCAGCUGGAGACCAGUGACAAAAUAGUCGUUAUCAUCUUAAUUGUCUUUCUGAUCCUCAUCGUGACGGGAACGUUGUAUGACGUCAUCAUCGUUGUCUGGCCUAAAAUAAAAGGUUCACGUAAGGAGGCGGACAACGAGAAACCAAUCGACACUAGCAGUAACUCGUCUGACAGUAACUACAAACUCAGGGCGGAAAAUGGAGAGAUCCAAGUGAUCCAACAACCCAAACCUCAGAAUAAACACAAUCCAAGUAUCUUCGGGCGAAUUAUUCUGUCCUUCAGCGCCUACACCAACGGCAAGAAGAUUCUGGGUACUUCCCAACCCAAAGGAAGUCUAACAGCCGUCAACGGGAUCCGAUUUCUCAGUAUGAGUUGGGUCAUCUUGGGCCACACCAUUGCCUUCAUACUGGGCAAUACAUCCAAUUUUCUGACAUAUUACGCAGAAUUUCUCGGUCGUGUCUCGUCCCAGGCCAUUUUCAAUGCCUUGGUUGCCGUUGAUACAUUCUUCGUUCUCAGUGGUUUGUUGACUUCAUACUUGUUACUAAAACAAAUGAGCAAAACCAAGGGGCGGAUCAACUGGUUUCUCUUCUACUUCCAUCGAUUUUGGAGACUAACCCCAGUUUACAUGAUGGUGAUUGGCAUGUACGUUACAAUUUACCCCCACCUGAUUUUUGGACCCAAUAAAACCAAUGCAGAUGAGACUUGUAAGAGAGUAUGGUGGAAAAACUUUCUAUACAUCGACAACUUCUUUGGAAUAAAAGACUUGUGUUUGGGUUGGUCCUGGUAUCUGAAUAACGACAUGCAGUUCUACAUCUUAAGUCCACUAAUGAUUGUGCCAUUCUACUUUAAUAAAAUAGUGGGCGCCAUGGUCAGUGCCGUAUUUCUGCUGAUUUUUACCAUCACUCCUGGGGUGAUCAGUUAUGUGAAUAACCUCCCACUUCAUACGGAUGGUGGAGGACCAAAAGAUGCAGAUCGACUUUCUUUCUUCGAGGACUAUUACAUUGUUCCAUGGUGUCGUAUGGGGCCCUACAUUUGUGGUGUGAUCACAGGUUACCUACUCUACAUCACCAAAUGCAAAUGUCGAAUGAAUAUCUUUGUAAACCUGUUGGGGUGGGUAGUGGCGGCGGCCUCGGCCAGUGCUGUUCUGUAUGGUAUUUACGACACAGUGAAGCCUGAUAAUCCUGUUGAACUGUCUAAAGAGGUCACCGCCCUGUAUAACGCCGUCAACAGGACAGUGUGGGGUGCCGCUGUCUGCUGGGUCAUCUUCGCUUGUGCCACCGGCAAUGGCGGUUACAUUAACACCUUACUGUCGUGGAAAGCCUUUGUGCCUCUUUCUCGGUUGACUUACUGCGCCUAUUUGGUACAUCCCUUGGUCAUGUAUGUGUACUACCUCAACAGGAACUUCCCGUUCUAUUUGUCUGAUCUGGACUUCGUGUACAUCUUCCUCGCCAAUCUGGUCGUUUCUUAUGGAAUGGCCUUUAUCUUAUCCAUCACAUUUGAAUCACCGUUCAUGGGACUCGAGAAAGUCAUGUUCUCAAGUCGCGACAAAAAGGAGGCCAAAUAUCAGACCCCACAUCAAAGGUGAAGAUAACGAACAGUGAUCAAUCUCAUAACUCCUAUGAGCAAUACAAAAUAGAUAGUUGGACAAACACGGACCCCUGGAUACACCAGAGGUGGAAUCAGGUACCUAGGAGGAGUAAGCAUCCCCUGUCGACCGGUCACACCCGCCGUGAGCCCUAUAUCCUGAUCAGGUAAACGGAGUUAUCCGUAGUCAAAAUCAGUGUGCCAAGAACGGCCUAACAAUUGGUAUGAAACAUGUCGGACAGGAUUUUGACCCAAUGAUAGGUUGUAUUGACGAACUAGAUCGUUAUAACGACCAUAGAAUUUGCGAAAUGCUGACUUCAAUCGAGACUGUUGAAACCCCUGUACCAUCAACUUGUUUGUCAGUAGCUUGCCUCGAUUUAAAAACUGACUAUACGCAGAACACGCCCUUGCGUAUCGAAUCUGUUGAGAGAUAUAAACACCAUAUGCAGGUGAUAAUGGAAUAUUGCUAAAUAAAUAUUGGAAGCUGACGAUGGAGAAGCUGAAAUCAUCCCGUUUGUCAUACAGUUGAGUUGUCAGUUUACCGUUAAUGUCUACUUUCAAUAAAAUAUCUAAGUAUUAAGCAGAAGUGGACGACUCUGUUGUGUCUUUUAUUUCGAGCUCACAGGGAUAUAUCGAAUCGACAUAAGAAUGAAAGUUAUCAUUGUUAAUAGAUAAAAUGUCGAUAUAUCUAUGUGUCGAAUUGAAGGCCACAGCAAGAGAUUUCUUCUCCAUGCGUAUAAGUUUUUGAAUAAAUUCUGCUUCAUAUGAAUAUAGAAACAGGUCAGUUAAGAAAGGAGCAUAAUUCAUGCCCAUGGGAAUUCCAACAGAGUGUUGGAAAACCUGAUCACCAAAGACCACGAAGAUAUUGUCCAUGGGGAACUCUAGCAUAU